ACAAACAAACAAACCUCUUUAACUUAAAUGGCUUCUUCGGAAGAGAAGCAAGAUGAAGUUUCAUGCAGUGAAGAAAAAGAAUACCAAAAAUCAAUCGAAGAAGAAAUUGAAUUACCGAAAGACUUUGAACCCGGUGCUUCUAGGGUGGGAAUACUUUUAUCCACUGCAUCAUACGAAGAAGAAAGUGUUUCAAAUGGAGAAUUCGAUGACUUCUCUCGAAAAAGCAGUUGUAUCAGUGAGAUAGAACAAGGUGUUUCUGCUAUUGAACAAAACGUGUCAGAACCUCAGGAAACAAAGCCUGAUGAAGAGGGAAAAAAUUCCAGUGAUAACUCUGCUGCAGAAAUAUUGUCCAUUGAAGCGGAACAAAUUGCAGAAGAAUUAGCUAAAGAAGAAUGUGAUGAGCUCAAUAGUGCUGAAUGGAAAAAACAGAAGAAACAUAUUUUUGUUUUGAGUGAAGCUGGGAAGCCUAUCUAUACCAGGCAUGGCAAUGAAGACAAUCUUGUCACACUCAUGGGUGUCAUGCAAGCCCUGGUAUCUUUUGUCCAGCAGAACGGCGACACUAUACGCUCAAUUCAUGCUGAAGACAAAAAAUUCGUCUUUCUCCAUCGCGUGCCCCUCAUUCUGGUUGCCGUUUCUAGCACGAAAGCAUCUGUGCCUCAGUUGCUGUCUCAACUAACCUAUGUCUACAAUCAAAUUACAUCUGUGCUCACGUACUCCAAUUUGAAUCGGAUAUUCGAGCAGAGAAGAAAUUAUGAUUUGAGGAGGUUGUUGGGCGGAGCAGAAAAGUUUCUGGACAGGCUGGUGGACGUCAUGGAUAAGGAUCCCAGUUUCUUGUUGAACGCCGUGAGAUGCUUGCCUUUGGAUAAUAGCAUUCGAGAGGUCAUUGCUCAGACCUUAACUCAAUAUUGCGGGAAAAUAAAGAACAUUGUCUUUGCUAUUUUGUUAGCAGAAAAUCAACUCGUGACUCUUGUACGGAUGAAAAAAUAUUUUUUGCAUCCUGUCGAUCUCCAUUUGGUCAUGAAUCUUGUGAGCUCAUCGGAAUCUUUCAAAUCCGUUGAAACAUGGAUUCCUAUUUGCCUCCCAAAGUUUGAUGCUAGUGGAUUUUUGCACGGCCACAUAUCCUACUUGGAUGAAGAAAACAAAUGUUGUCUUUUGUUGCUGACAGUGGACAAAGAUAUGUUCUUUCCCCUAAAAGAAUGUCGAAGUAAAAUUGUGGAG